CAAGUUAGUUGUCAAUUUGUCAUAAGUUUUGAAUUCAGGAUCAUGAAUUUCUGUGUUUCACAGGGUUUAGUUUAUUAAUAUAAUGCAAUAAAAUGGAUCUGUGUAGAGUCUGUCUUGCAGGCGGAUCGCAGAAAGAUAUAUUUAAGUUAGAAAGUAAUAAAACUGUUGAUGAAAGAAGUUUUGUUGACGUUUUCAUGUUUUGUUUGAACAUUGAGGUUGAUCAGGAUUCUAAAAUAAGUACAAAACUAUGUACAAAAUGUUAUGAUAAAAUAUGGUCAUUCCAUGAUUUCAAAUGUUUAGCUCUAAGAAGCGAUGUUUACUUGAAGUCUAUACAAGAAUCAAAUGGUGUCAAAAAUGAGAUUUUCUUACGUGAUGAUGAUAUUAAAAAUGAGCAGCAGUCUGUUAGUGAUGAUUCUAUGGAUGCAACUGUUAAAGAUGAACCAAAGGACGGAUUUGAUGGUGAUACCGAUGACGAAUUCCUAAGUGUUAUCAAAAGAAUAAAAUACGAAUAUAAGGAAGAUACUGUAGAGAAGAAACCACCAAGAAAACGAAAACGGGCUGCCAAAACUCCCAAAACCAAAAGUAAGGUGACAAAACGAAUUUGCGAGGAAUGUGGGAAGGCUGUGAAAGACCUUAAGGCUCAUGCGAUCCAGCACCUGCCUGCUGCAAGUCGGAAACGUGUUCCUUGCAAACUGUGUGACAAAGCGUUUUCCACUUACAGCGCACGCUAUAGACAUACUAAAAUAAAACAUUUAGGUACUAAACAACAAUGCCCGUUGUGUAAUAAAGUUGUAGCCCACUUAAAGCAGCACCAUCGUUUGAUGCACAACCGUGAUUCCCUGCCCUACGGCUGUGUGUCCUGCGGUGGUCGGUUCAUCUCCAAGUCUAACCUGGAACUGCACAUGACUUCGCACACUAAGGACUACGCCUUCCCUUGUGAUUUGUGUGAUAAGAAGUUCAAUACUAAGAGUCGAAUGAUGUUGCAUAAACGACAAGUACACGACAAAGAGAAAUCGCACCUUUGUCAGUUAUGUUCAAAGAGCUUCUUCAAGAAAUAUCAUCUGCAAAUACAUUUAAGGAGUCACUCAAAAGAGAAGCCGUACGCGUGUCCAGAGUGCGGCAAGUGCUUCUCCACCACGUCGAUCCUGAAGAGUCACCGGCUCAUACACGAGGAGGGGAAGAACCACGCCUGCACGCUGUGUGAAAUGACCUUCAAGAAGAAGAGCUACCUGACCAUCCACAUGAUAAGUCAUACGAAAGUGAAACGCUACCCUUGCAAGUACUGCGGCAUCAAAUUCGGUCGCUCCGACCACCGCAAGCGUCACGAGUACACUGCACACGAGAAGAACUUCAUCAGUCCAUGAUACUAGACCACGGAGAACAAAAUGACGAACAGAGAUGUCAUAACCGAAAAUCUCCUAAGAGAAUCAUCAUCCUCCGAGCCUUUUUCCCAAUCAUGUUGGGGUCGGCUUAUCUCCUAAGAGAAUAGGGACGCCUAAAUGCGGGUGUUCGGAGAAUAAGGAACGUUACUGGCUACGCCUUCUAUGGAACCCGCCCAUUUUGUAUAAAAGCAAAAGUCGUUGGCAGAUGUGUCAAGGAACCUGAACACCUCGUUACUUGGAACUACUUGGAACUGUUGGUUUCGGUUUCGCCCACUGUAUUUAUGUUCUUGUACGUGUGUGUAUUUGACCUAGAAGACGCCUGACCUAUCUGCCUGAUGGCAUCUCCGUUCAUCUUUCCUUCUUCCGUGUAAGUACUAGAUACUUUGUGCUCAAACAUUUUUAAAGGAAUACCUACGGACAUUUAGAUUUGGAAAAUUAUAAAAUGGAUGUUGUAUUUUCUGGUAAGGUUAAUCUUCAUGAAUGAAGGUUGCUUGUUAUGUAUGUUAGUUUAAAUUUUAUUAUUAAAAUUCUAUCUAAAUAAUUAUUAUUCAAGAAUUGGCAAUUGUUUUGGCGUAUUUAUAAAUGUUAUUUUCAUAUGUGGUGGAGAAUAUUGAGAGCAGAAAAGGAAAACAGUAUCGUGGUUUUAGGACAAUUCUUUUUUAAUAUUGGCCAGUAAUGUCCAUUUUUGUAAUUUCAGACACAUACAUAGGUAUUGUCUCGUGAGCGAAUUUCUUUUUGUUACCUACAUAAAAAAUAUAUAAGUUACAUUAAAAAUAUUUUUUGUUAAAUCACUGAACAUGUCCAUUUAAAAUAUUAUUGUAAAUAAUUAGAUAAAUGUUAAGUUCAACA